AGUUGGCAUCUCAGGGCUCCCAAGAAAGCAGAAGUGGAAACAUUCUAUUUAUCAAAGCAAGUCACAAGGCUAGCCCUAAUUCAGAGGAAGAGAAAACAGAUUCCACCUCUUGAUGGAAGGGGUGGCAUGCAUGCACAGGCAUGGCAGGAAUUAUUGGCAGCCAUCUUCAUAGGCAGUAUACCACUGUUAUGUUAAGUUUGAGGUGCCCAAUAGACAAUGGAGUUGGAAAUUGGAUACAGGAGUUGGGUGUUCAAGGAAAACUUAUGUGAUAGUGGUAUAAAUGUGGGAGUUAACAUAAAAUGGUAUUUAAAGCCAUGGAACUUGAUGAAUUCACCUUGGAAUGAAUGGUUGACAGAAAAGAGGAAGUCCAGGACUGAGCCUGAGGUGCUUUCAUCUAGAGGUGAGGCAGAGAAGAUGACAAAGGAAAUUGAAAAGGACCCUGUGAAAUAAAAAGAGAACUAAAGUACAUGUUCCAGUGAAAGCAAGAGAAAAAAGUGAUUGAAGAAAGAGGCCUAUCUUGUUAAAAGGUCAAGUAAGAAGUGGCCCCUGGACUUGUAGGCCCCUGGUCACAUGUACGCUGUGGGUGGCUUCCAUAACAGUGAGUCAAAUUACUCAAACUAGGUGCCUCAAUUCCGGAGGCACUCAAUAGUGGGCUGAUUUUAAAAGCCAUGGGAUUAAUGUGGUUAUCUUGUGAGAGUGCCAGUUUUAUGACAUGACUGAGCCCCAGUUAAAACUCUGGACUCCCAGGCUCUGGUGAGCCUCCCUUGUCAGCAAUACUCUAUACCUAUUGUCACAUAUCUUUGCUACAAGCAAUUUGUACUGUCUACAAUUCCACGGAGAGGACAUCUGGAAACUCAAGUGUGGAAUUCUCUGGAACCUCUGUCCCGUGCACCUCUUUCCUUGACUGAUUUUUAAUCUGCAUCCUUUUACUAUAACAAACCAUAACCAUGAGUAAAACAGCAUUCAGGGGAUUCUGUGCAUUCUUCUAGCAAAAACUUUGAAUUGCUGUCAGAAGUGAGGAUGGCUUGGGGCACUCCUGAACUUCACACUUCGAAGGCAUUUUUCUCUGUUAACUUAUAUACUUGGAUGGAAAAUUCUGAUAAUUUUUUUGAGGAGCCAAGACAUCUGUUUUCCUUGAAGACUAGACAUAUGGUUAUGUCAUUUACUAAGAGAGGGAACACAAAAGCAGAAACAGGUUAAAUGGAAAGACAAAUUACUGGUCAAAUAAGUGGGUGUUUAAAGCCCCAGCAGUGUGUCCACAUGGAAAGUUUAGUAGGAGCCAGGUAGAGGUCUGGUCCAGAGCUUGGGGCAAGUUAAAAGUUGGAGAUCCAGAUUUGGAAGUCACAAGCAUACGGUAAUUCAUGCCAUGAAAAGAGAUGGACUGACUUUAUAAUACCCUCUCUAGUAGGCAUUGCUGAAAGAUGGUAUCAUAUAUGGGACACACCGAUGUUUUAAGGGCCAUACAGAGCAAAGGAGGCAUGGAAGAAGGCUGACGGAAGCCAGAGAGUGGAGGACACCUGAGUGGGGAGAUCCAAUCCAAGAGAAGUUUCAUCCGAGAGAUAAUUUGGAGUGAGCUGGAAUUAGGUCAGGCGGGAGAGGAUUCAGUUUGUGACUUGAUGAGUGCACUGAGGGAAGCAUACUGAGUAAUUUUUAUUUUGAAGAGGUGUUGCAAUGGGAUCAGAAGCAGUGGUCUCUCUGGGCAAGGGAUAAAGUGAAGUGGCAUUGAAAAGACAAAAUUCCUAGCUCUUCUGUGACUUAAACAAUUCUUAUUGAAUGCUGAGUUUGGACCGCCGCUCAGGACACACUCUCAGGACUCCUCAGAAAUGAACAAAAGUCUCUGCGUGGGUAAGUGCAGAGCCCCGUCUCCAGCCUCAGUCCUUCUGGCGAGGAGCAGGGACGCGGGGCAGCCGCCAGGGGGCGCAGGCGCGAGCCUAUCCGCAAGUCGUGGGUAGGAGCCAAGCCCCGGGCCGGCCCUCGCACGGCUUCCGGCUUCCGGUGGAGCCCUCGGUUGUAGAGCGCAGCCGUCAUGGCAGCCGAGGAGAAGGACCCGCUGAGCUAUUUCGCGGCUUACGGCAGCAGCAGCUCAGGCUCCUCGGGCGAGGAGGACAACAGCGAGCCGGAGGAGACGAGUCGCAGAGCCCCGGGUCCUGCGAAAUCGGCGGGCGGCCUCGGGAAAAAGGCGGAGAAACGGCUGCCAGGCCCAGACGAGCUGUUCCGGAGCGUGACUCGCCCGGCCUUUCUGUACAAUCCGCUCAACAAGCAGAUAGACUGGGAGAGGCACGUCGUCAAGGCGCCUGAGGAGCCUCCAAAGGAAUUCAAAAUAUGGAAGUCCAACUGUGUGCCACCUCCGGAGACCUACACCACUGACAAGAAACCUCCUCCUCCGGAGCUGGACAUGGCGAUAAAAUGGUCUAAUAUGUAUGAGGACAAUGGUGAUGACGCCCCACAGAAUGCUAAGAAAGCUCGGCUUCUCCCAGAAGGCGAGGAGACGGUGGAGUCAGUGUGGAUUAGAAGUCACUUUAAUAAAGGCACAUCUUCGGUAAAUGUCAUCGUUUUGGAGAUGCCAAAUGAAAUGAUGAAAAAGAUGAACAUUCUUCUAAAAAGCGCAAAGUAGAACCAGGAGAACCAACAAAGAAGAAAAAGUAGAAAACAACAAAUGACAAGAGUUUCUGGACUAUAAAACUUGAAAUAGUUUUUCUCUGGCAGAUUAAUUGAUAGUGUAAAUUAUUGUGAAAUAACAUCUCCAUGAAUGUCCAUGUUAAUUAACUAAUAAGUAUUGCUGCAGGAACUUUCCACAGUAGAAAUUCAUUUUUUAUUUAAAAUGUGUGUGUAUUUAAACUCAAAUGAUGACUUGUGAUUGUGAAAUUGACACUUGGAAGCAUUCUUGCUCUCACAGAAUUGGUGACUUGCUUUGAGAGUUUUGUCACAUGUUGACAUGCCAACGUUCUAUGAACCUUUUAUAAAGGAAUAUAUUUUUAAAGUAAAUAUAUUGUACUGUGAACUUGUAGGGUGCUUUUCAACAGUGUUUGUACAGUGUAAAUAGAUCAUGGAAAUAAAAUUACUUAUUGAAUAUUA